GGCGGGCCCGUCUGACUCCUUCCCCCUUGCAGACUCGCCGGCGGGAGGUUUGAAGACCCGAGCGCACGCAGAGCCUCUAGACACCCGGCUCGCACUCCACGGUGUGGGGCUGUGGCAGGAGGGCUCACGGGUGGAUCCCACUCCCGGGUCACCGGGCGCUGCGUGACAAAGACGCGGGCCCUGCCCGGACAGACGACCGCGACGCUGACCAGCGACCUGAAGCCGCGGGGCGGCGGGCUGACUCCAGCCAGGGCGCCGGGAUAGCUUCCGUGCCGCCCGCGAGGGACCCACGUCUUUGCUGUUGUGUGUCACGGAGCCUGGAGCUCUCGGAGAGGAAAAAGGACACCGAAGCCCUUGCACACAGCCUCAGCCCGCUACGCCGAACCCGGGGCACGGCCUGCGCAUGCGCACCGUUCUGCCUUCCUGCCAGCGCACGCUCGUUCCCGCGGCAUCUGCUCUGGUCAUGGAGGCCUCGGGAGGCGCUGGGGGCGCCUUUCUGAAAGAUGUUGUGGCCUAUGUUGAAGUAUGGUCUUCCAAAGGGACAGAGAAUUACUCAAAGACGUUUACAAAGCAACUUGAGGAUAUGGGGGCAACGGUGUCAAAAACGUUGAACAAGCAAGUGACCCAUGUGAUCUUCAAAGAUGGGUAUCAGAGCACGUGGGACAAAGCCCAGAAGAUCAGGGCAAAGCUGGUUUCCGUCCUCUGGGUUGAAAAAUGCAGGAUGGCUGGAGCACGUGUCGAUGAAUCUUUGUUCCCUGCAGUGAAUACCGAUGAACAUUUACCAAACCUAAUUAGGAGAAAACACAAGUGUAUGCAGCCCAAAGAUUUUAUUCCUAAAACACCAGAAAAUGACAAAAGACUUCAAAAGAAAUUCGAGAAAAUGGCUGAAGAGCUACAAAGGCAAAAGGCAGCUCUAGAUGACGACGUCCCUGUCCUCCUGUUUGAGUCCCCUCAGUCACUGGUAUACAGCUCCCCAGUAAACAUGAUGAAGAAGAGACUACAAGAGAUGAAGGAGAAGAGGGAAAACCUUUCCCCUACCUCCUCCCAGAUGUUGGAGCAGUCUCAGCAGAAUCCGUGUGUCAGUCUGCUCAAAACACCCUUGAACGUGUCUCACCAACCUUCGAGUUCAGAUGAAUCCUUUGCCAGUGGUUCUCACUUAUCUUUUGAUGGUCCCUGUGGAGAUCAAGAAAGGAAACUGGGAAGAUCUUCUAAUGAGAUGGCCAGGAUGACAUGCCCUUCCUCACCUGUGUUGAGGGCAAGCAGUUUUUAUGGUUCAGCAUCAUCCAACCACCUCAGGCAGCCAAGUCCUCAGAAAGCUGCAGACACUCCUUCAAAGGGGGGUGUCAACCAGCAGAAAGAGGCUACAAGUGAGGUAACUGAUUCCAGGAGAAAGCAAGCUGCAGAUGUUUCUCAGGGGAUGGCUGAUGAGAAGCACUGUCUGUCUCCUACCAAGUCUGUCAUAGAAGAGCGUGUAGUACAUUUGGGACCAAAGAGUUCUCCAGCAAAGAGAAAAAGGACAGCGGACUUGGCUUCACCUUCAAAAGGAAAACUGAAGAAGAGGUACAAGAGAAAGUCUACUCCGGCAGUACAAUUAUUCAAGUCCGACUGUAGCCCACAGUCCACAACCAGACCCACCCCAGGGACUCCUGAUGUUGAGGCCUCUUCGUAUGAGGACUAUUUUUCCCCUGACAAUCUCAAGGAGAGGAAUUCAGGGAGACUUCCCGAGGCUCAGCUACUAGCAAGCCCUUCUCUGUUCCGCUGCAAAGGUCUCUCAAAGUGGGAGCGAAAAAACAUGCUAGAAAUGUGUGAUUUUACCUGCAUUGGUGAAAAACACAGAUCCACCAGCAUUAGUGACUUAAUUUCAAAAAGUACGUGUAGUCUUGAGAAACCCGAUAAGGAGGACGUAAAUACAGCUUCUACUUGCUUGCCUUUGUUGGGGACCUCUGCUGAUGACAGCCCAGGGCAGUGCAGGCACCCUGGCCCUCAGCCGAGGGAAGACAUAGGUCCAGAAGGAAGCAGCCACCCCGAUAUCCUGUACAGCCCUGCUCACCACAUCACACCCUUGAGAGGAAGUAGUACAGAAACAAGAGACCCAGGUGAUGGAAAAGGCUCCCCCAAAGAAGGCACCACUCCUCCCGCAUCAGCCUCUCCUGAAGGUGUUAAAAAUGGACUAGGGAGGCCAGAUCCUUCAGACAGCUCAUACAGAGGCCUUGUCAGACCUCAAGAGAAACCGAAGAAUUCUGGGAAAGAAAAAGAGCCAACGAGAACAUUAGUCAUGACAAGCAUGCCGUCUGAGCAGCAGGACCUCAUCAUCCAGGUGGUGAGCACACUGAGAGGCUUUUCAUUCGCCCCUGAGGUCUGCGAGUCCACCACCCACGUGCUGGUGGGGAAGUCUGUCCGUACCCUGAACGUGCUGAUGGGGAUUGCACGAGGCUGCUGGAUUCUUUCUUACCAAUGGGUUCUGUUGUCUUUAGAGUUGGGUCACUGGAUUUCUGAGGAGCCUUUUGAACUCUUUGAAACCUUCCCUGCAGCUCCGGUAAGUCAAUGCUGUCCGAUAGUGGUAAAUGCAAUGUCUUAGGAAAGAAACUGUUAGGAUCGUGAACUCGGUAUCAUAGGUUAAGAGAGGUCUCAUUCAGACUAAAAGGGUGUCCUCCCAGAGAUGAAUGCCACUGCCUGCUUAUUUGUGACAUCACAAGUGAAAAUCCGAGGAAGUCACUUGUAAAGUGCGGUGAGAAAUGUCACCGAGAAGAGUGUCGUUGCCUAAGCCCGGCAUGCAGCUCUCAGGAAACGGAACUGGGUGGAUUGCUGCAAGCUUGGUGCUGUCCUGGGCUGGAGGGUGAGGCCUUUCCUCAGAAAAGGGUUUUUAAAAAUAAUUUAAUCAUGAAAGCCUAUAGGGCCAAGCAGCCCUUAGAACUAAUGCUAACGCAGAUAAAACCAAUAGGUAUAAAACAGGUGGGCUGCCAGCGUUGUGACAUAGUCUUUAUAUUUUGGUAUUUUCCCUAAACUCCACCUUACGGACUCUUAAUUAUUUUAAGUAUUUGCUAAUUGAAUUCUGACUUCUCAAAUAAUUAAGGUUUGACUGGAAGCAGGGCUAUACAGAAGUCAGCUCUCUCAUCACCCAUGUUGAUUGGUUUGAGACAGUUAAUUUGGAAAGAUGAGUCUGACAGACAGUGACUUCUGGCUGUAGCUGUCCAAGUGGCCUGUGCCGGGACCCAGCAGGAAGCUGCCCUCUGACCCUAAUCGCUCUCUCUAGCCCAUCACAUUGUUCUGUUCUCAUUUCAAGAUCGCUGUUCUGAUUUCCUUUCAACUCUGUAAAUGUUUUCUUAAGAACAGAAAAAAA